GCCGAAGUGUAUGGCAGAUGUCCAGUUGAUUGGUGGACGCUGGUGUUUUGGGUAGCCUCACGUUGCAUGUUCGAUUAGUUAUAUUAAGACAAACACGAAGUUGUCGUUAAGUAUUUCUGUGAUAGAAUGCUUUAGUUACUCCAACUGAGUUAAUUUCAAAUGGUAUGAGACCAGCGGAAUGAGGACGUGCAUGACAAAUUCGCCAGCUAACUAACUACCGUUAGCCCACAGCAAUGAAUAGAAAAAGAGCGCUGGUAUCAGACACCUUCAAAGUGAAAAGACGAAAGAUUGCCACAGAAAACCAUUUAGGAGCAGAAGGAAAUGGAGAAUUCUCAACAAACCAAGUGGGCCCGCUGGAUGUUAAGGCAACUCUUCAGUACCUUACGACUCUGUUCCCCCGCAAACUCUUUAACGACUCCCUGCCACCGAUCGUGCUGAAGCACCAGCUCUACAGUAUACACGAUGACAAGACUCAAGUUGACCGGCAGCUGAAUGAUUUGAGGGAGCGCAGAGAAUUGCUGAUGUUCCAGCUGGGUUUUGACUCGGAGGUCUUUGGGCUGAUCUUCACUUCUGACUAUAAGGCCAAAGUCCUCGCUGGGGAAGUUGGAAGAGAGACGCUAGGGACCGUGGAGAAGUUUAUACGCACCGUGCUGUCCACUUGCUCUGACCUCAGCUUCAAUAAAGACAAAAUGCUAAAGGAGUUCCUCUUCACGGACACAGAGAUAACUCAGCUUGUGAAGUCAGGGGUGUUGACAGUGAGAGAUGCCGGGAGCUGGUGGCUUUCCAUACCGAACUCGGGCAAGUUUACCAAAUACUUCAUACGUGGACGCAAGGCAGUACUGGGCAUGAUCAAGAAGUCCAAAUAUGGUGAAGUCUUAAAAUCAGAACUGGAGAGCAGACGGACAUCUCAUGUCAAAUUCCACAUGAUGUAUCACAUUCAUGACAUUAUUGGGGCAGAGCUGGUCGAGUGCAUACCAACGACGUCGGGAACGUUACUGCGGCUUAUGGACACAUGACCUGACUGCCAAUGAUCUCACGUAACAUUCCCUGCGGAGACUUGGACCCUGGGGAGGCUGCAAGUCCGGGAUCAUAUCAUAGUGUCCAUGUCACAUUGAGUUUUAUUUAUUGCCUUAUGUCUUCAGUUCAAUCAAUGUUGUUGGUAUGCUGAGGUCCUCCUCUUGUAAAAUAAAUGUUUGCAGUUUCUGAAUUGUGUUUCACAAACCUUCUGCACGCCAGGCUCCUCUGUGAAGAAAUGCUCACUCAUAACAAACUGCACCCAUGUAACAGAAGUGCCUGCCUUUGCCUUGUUUUGCUGUGAUUGGUGGAUUGAUGUGAAGUCUGCAGUGUCGACUCCUGGUUCUUGAGAUCCACACAGUCCUGAGGGUUGUUGAGAUUAUUUUCAACCAGCAGGUGAUUG